GCACUUACUUCUAACGUCUCACAUCCUUGAAAUUGUCAGUGUCAUUUGUGAGUGUCAUACAAUUUGUGCAAAACAUAUGCAAAACAAAACAAUUUGAUAAAAUUAUUAUAAUCUCCAAGGUCCAAACUUUUGACCGCUCCGGCCUCUGAGCCCAAGUUAAAUUUGAAAUUGCUCGUAGUUGAUGGCGUUUAAAACAAUUGCUUACCUACGAUUUCUACUUAUUCAUUAAUUUAAUAUGUUAAUGUUAAGCUCAAUGUACUUUUUGUAACUGUUUUAUUGAUUUUACUCUAAGUUCUGCAGUCUGCACAAAAUGUCUAGCAAGGAAGCAUUUCAGAAUGAGAUGGAUGAUUUUUCGUCCAAUUCUGCAUGUUAUUAUAUGCUUAAUCAUGCGAAGGAUGCGAUCUCCGAAAUUUUUUCUACAAAAUUACAAAACUAUAAAAAUGCUAAAUUGGCAUACUUAACAUCUCAGGAAGUGGAGGAUGUAUUUAAUCAUGACGGGACUGUUUACACUGGUUCUGCUGGAUUGGCAUUUUAUUAUUUAAUGUCUUCAUUUGGUAAGAAUGAAGAAUGUAAUGAGAUUUUACAGAAGGCAUUAGAAUAUGUUGACCUUAAUAACUUAAAAGGAAGACGAAUAAGUUUCCUGUGUGGUGAUGCUGGUCCCUUAGCAAUAGCUACUGUAAUUUCAUACAAACUUGGGCAACAACGGCCAGACUCAUUACCUCAGUAUGGACAUUUAGCAAAAAGACUGAUGAAUCUUACUUCACUGUUAAAUGAAUCACCCGAUGAACUGCUAUAUGGAAAAGUUGGAUAUCUUUUUGCUGUACUGUUUGUUAAUAAACAUAUCAGUGGUAAAGAAGUUAUUCCUGUGAAUCAUAUUGAACAGAUUAUUGCCUCCAUCCUUAAAUCUGGUAAAAAGUUUUCACAACAAAUGAAAUCAAAAAGUCCACUUCUAUGGCAAUGGCAUGACAAAAUAUAUUUGGGAGCAGCACAUGGCAUGGCUGGGAUUUUGUAUAUGCUACUGCAGGCUCGCGCAUACAUUCAUGUGGAUGAUGUACGAAGUUUUCUAAAACCCGCAGUUGAUUGGCUACUAAGUCAACAAUUUCCAAGUGGAAACUAUCCAUCGUCAUUAGAAAGUGCUUCCGGUGACCGAUUGGUACAGUGGUGCCAUGGCGCGCCUGGAUUUGUACCUCUGUGUAUAUUAGCUUAUCAGGUAUUCGAGGAAGAAAAAUAUUUAAAAAUUGCCAUCCACUGUGGCGAUGUAAUCUGGCAACGAGGAUUAUGCACAAAAGGCUAUAGCCUCUGUCAUGGAGUGAGUGGUAACGCUUACGCAUUUCUGCAACUAUAUCAGGCCACUAAGAAACCUGCGUACUUAUACAGAGCAUGUUGCUUUCUGGAGUGGUGUGCUGUGGAACGUCCUGGAGCCGAGUUGCAUAAGCCCGAUAGACCAGCGUCAUUAUUCGAGGGGCUACUGGGUCGCAUAUACUUAGUUGAAGAUAUUAUAAAUCCCUUGCAGUCCAAAUUCCCAGCAUUUUGUCUGUGAUUUUUUUUUAAAUUUAGUUUAUUUAUUUAUAUAGUUGCAAUUGUUGUAGAAAUUACAGUUAAAUGUUUGCGGGUCUGUUUAUUUGUUUGUAAACCAAUCAACUUGAUUUUUGGCAUAGUUAAGUUAGUUGAAUGUUCAGAGAGAAUAACAUAGACUUCUUUUUAUCUCAGGAAAACAAUCGGUUCCCACGGGAUUUGUAAGAAAGCGUAAUAAACGCGGCCAAUAACUAAUAUUUAUACAUAUUCAAUUAUCAGCUAACUAUAACAACUAAUAUUUAUAUAUAAUCAUUUGAAUUAUCAAAUUAUAGAUCGCAUGUCGACCAUAAUGGUCAUUUUUCAACAACAAACUUUUUGUCAUUUUACACUAAUGAAUUUCAGGAGUACCGAGGGUUUUAACAAUUUCAUGGAUAUUUUACAAGCAAUUUGCAAACACUUGGGCUACGAUUGCCGUGUUCAAAUCAGCCAGUUGCACAAUGUGGUUAUUUGCAUUUUAAAAUAUGUUUUAUGUUGUUAAAAAUAAAUUUAAAUUUAACAUGAAAUAAAACAAUUUGUAAUUUAUACUCAAUAAUACAUUUAUUUUCUCUAGACUUAUAUUUUAAGAUAAACAACAACAAUACAAAAACUAAGCAGUACUAUAUAGGGAAGAUAAAAUUUAUCCACAUAAAAAAUAUAGUUAAACAUUACAGUAAAUCUCUAGGAAAGUACAUAUUAAGAUAUUUUUAGUGUAGACAUUAAUUUAUUAUUAUAAAAAGAUUAAUGAUGUAACAUUUGUGUAUAUUUGAACAUCAUAAGGUCAAAACAACAAGUAUACAAACAUCCUGGCCCAAAUAUUUUAUGGGUCUCUAAUCCCAAACACACAGUCUACUUGAUGUAAUAUAAUAUUCAUUGAAUAUUUAAAUAUCAAUAUGAAGGCAACGAAAGAAGAAUCAUUUGUCAUUUGACACUAAAUAAAUUCUUUUGAGUUCAUGAGACCAAAAGUGUAUCUAUACAUAUAAUAAAAUGAUAACUAGCAGUGUCUGUACAUCAAAGAUUUGUAGCAAGGUAUAUAACGUAAAUAUGCAAUUUUUGAAAUUUAUGUCUAUUUGUCAGUAUGUCUGCUGUCUGAUUUGAAUGCAGUUUGGUACAUUUAUAGCUUAUACUUGGGGUUGAAAUAAAAAAUACUUUUCAUCUCGAAAAACAAUAGGAUUCGUUCGGGAAUUGCGUUAAAAGUUCAUAUGGUUACCUUAAAAAUAAAAACAUUCGAGGACAUAGUCGCGGGCAACAUCUAGUUAUAAUUAAAACUUCUCCUUAAUUUUAAUAAACAUUCGGUCUCGUGAACUUGAAAAGAUAAGUAAUUAUGUUACUUUCAAAAUAUGAUUCAAAACACAAAGAACACCCAUUACCGGCCCACUACAGGGCACGCCUAUCCUCCCACAACAAGAAGGGCAGAAGAAUCAUAUACAAAUAUAUUUUUUCUAUAGUGAUAGCAAAAAAAACAAUUAUUUUACGAUUGUAGUUUGUUUGCCUUUUAUGAAGUGAUAAUGAAAUAAAAUAAAAUAUGUAAUUUACAAUGUAAUCCAUCAGUUAUUUUAUUAAACUCCAUCAGUUACACUUUAAAUGAACAGAUAUAGGUAUAUAAAAAGUAUUGGUCUGAUAUAAAAAUGGUUACGUACGAAAUAAAGUUUAGAAAUUAUAUUAUUACAUACAGUUAUAAUUUUUGUACAUUACAUAUUAAAACUAGAUUAUUAUGAUAAAAUGCUAACAUUUAUUAAUUUAUUUAUAUAACUAAAAGCAUACCUACACGCGCAAGAUCUUGCGGACGAAGAUAAAUACAAAUAAUAAUUUUAUCUUUUCCUAUUUUAUCCGUCUAUGACAUAGAAAUGCCGUGAAAUAAGAUUUAGUUGUUCCUAUCCACACUUGUUCUUAUGCGACUACUUGACUAUAAUUUAACCGCGUUAAGAAAGUUUGCUCUCAGGCUCGGACUGGGUUUUGAUUAAAUAUUGGUUUUAAAAAAAUUGUCUUGGACAAAAACUCGUAAAGUGUCACAUUUCGAAGAUAUAAGCUGCGAAAGUUUUAAUUUUUUACGAAUAAUUCUUUCAAAAAUGGAUAGUUAACGCCAAUACAAAAAUUAGAUAAAUUACAUUAGAAAGAUAAACGUCAGUUUUUUUUUUUUUGGAAUUAAAUGAAUUUCUUAAAAUCAUAGUAAAUACUUUGAAAAUUGACAUUGAAGAGCAUUUCUUUUGGUCCAUGCAUGCCAAUGCCAAAAGCCAUGCCGCUUUUUAAGGUUUUAUUUUUUACUUUGAUAAGAAUUAAAUGCUUUCCUAAUAUUAUAAAUGCAAGUGUGUUUGUUUGGUUGUUUGUCUUUCUUUUACGCCCUAAACUAAAUAAAAUCUCCGUCCUUUCAAUUACUCUGUGCCAAACAUCAAGUACCAACUUAGAAGGAUGGAGAAUAACAUACGCUUUAUUUUAAUCGAGGAAAACAACCAGUUCCCACGGGAUUUUUAAAAUACUGUGAUGAAGGCGAACGAAAAACGGAGCUUGUACUAUUUUAAGACGGAUGUGGAUGAAAUGCGUUAAUACUAAAGGAUUACAAGAACAAAAAUUAAUAAUACAGAUUCAACAAAGUU